GAGAGGACCGCUCCGCUCGUGCAGGAGUUCUGCUCGUGUCACCCGUGGAUACUAUCACCCAACCGUCUCCGAAAACCUCUCCGUGGGAUUUUUCUGGCUACCUCCUCCUCCUUUUUGUAUCACCCCCGCUUCUUUUCUUUUUUUCUUCUCAUCUUCCUCCCUGUCUUCACCCUUGAGCAUUCUCAGGCUUCCCGCAAGUACCUCUACCUUGCCUGGCUAACUUUUCCAUCCCACUCCCUCCAUCGCUCACCAACCCUCGGCAGUUCUCCCCCCCCUUACACCACCACCUCCAACCACCGCCACCCUCUUAUUGCAAGCCUCCCCUUGGAGCCACUCUUCCCCCGGGGCGCACUGCUACAUGGGGCGCACGGUGUCGCUCGGAAAAUGGUCUGCUGUCGGUCUCUAGGCGCCCCGCUGAACCUGCCGGGAUUGGAGUUGUCGGUGCGAGUCUGCGUCUCUUCCCCAGCUCGCCCGUGCGGUCUGGGCCAGUGAGAUAUGGGUCUCUCCGUGGCGGCGCAGGCACCGCUCUCGGAGCCCCGGCGGCCGCGCCAGUGGAGCGGGACGGCGGGAGGCUGGCUCCGGAUCACCCUGGUGUCGUUCCUCGCCACUUUACCUGUGGAGCAGCUGCGCGCCUUCCCGUCCUCCCUCAGCGACUGCCAGACGCCAACCGGCUGGAACUGCUCCGGUUUUGAUGACCGCGACACAGACCUGUUCUUGUGCGACACCAACACAUGCAAGUUCGAUGGGGAAUGUCUAAGAAUUGGGAACAUGGUGACAUGCAUUUGCGACUUCAAGUGCAACAAUGACUAUGCUCCAGUGUGCGGCUCCAACAAUCAGAACUACCAGAACGAGUGUUUCCUGCGCAGGGAUGCCUGCAAGCAGCAGUCUGAAGUACUCAUUAUGUCAGAGGGCGCCUGUCCUGCUGAUGCCGGCUCAGGAUCAGGAGACGACGGAGAAGAUGGCUCAGCUGAAACGCCGCAGGCGGAAACGUCCACCUGCGAUAUUUGCCAGUUUGGGGCUGAAUGCGAUGUGGACGCAGAGGAUGUUUGGUGUGUUUGCAACAUCGACUGCUCCCACAUCAGUUUCAACCAGGUGUGUGCCUCAGAUGGACGUUCCUACGACAACCCCUGCCAGGUGAAGGAGGCGUCCUGUCAGAAGCAGGAGCGCAUCGAGGUCAAGCACCUGGGCCGAUGCCAAGGCGACAUCCUAGGCGGAGACGGACACUCCGCGAGGACCGACACCACAGUGGUGAAUGAAAAGGAUCCGAGGAAAGGAAUCGGAUACAUCGCCUGUCCGGACCACUUCAAGAACUACUGCGUGCACGGCGAGUGUCAGUUCCCCAGCAUCGUGGCCCAGCCCUCCUGCAGCUGUCACUCAGGGUUCAGGGGCCCCCAGUGUGACAUCAAAGAGUACAACGUGCUCUAUGUGGUGCCAGGCUCGGGCAAACUGCACUACGUCCUCAUCGCCUCCAUCAUCGGAGCACUGCAGGUGGUGAUCAUCUGCGUGGUGGUGCUCUGCAUUACCAGGAAGUGCCCGCGGACCAACAGGAUCAACCGGCAGAAGCAGAACAAUGUCCACUUCAGUACGGAGAACACCAUGCGUGCCUCCACCCGGCUCAUCUGAGCCCCCACACACCGGACAGAGCCCACCCCCCUUCCGCUUUACGGGGAGCGCUGUGGCGUUAGAUGUCCCCCCCCCUCUCCUUGUAGGAUCUGCUUCCCCUUCACCCCCUCUCCCCUCUCCUCCCAAUGUGAACUCUAAUGAAGCCCGGGGAGGACGGUGGUGCUGCAGAGACAGUGAUGAGACAACCCCCCCCCCCGACACACACACAGAUGCAGAUGUGUCUUCCUGCACCUUCCGCCCAGGGUUUCUCAAACGGACUGAACCAUGAGGUGUCGUGGGGGGGGAGGCAUCGAGGAAUGUGAGCGUGAGUGUGUGAAUGUGUAUUAGACGUGUGAGCUUUUGGUAGAGGCGGGCUAGCCGGUGUCUGUCGUUUCUAGAUGAGGGGGGGGGCAGAGCGGGGUAGUGCAAAGCAGGGUAACGGGCUUUAACUGAGGUGUGUGUUGUCGGUCCGGUAGGGGGUGGGGGGGUGGGCUACACGUGAUGCCUUGCACCUUGUGUUAUAGGAGACCUUUGACAGAGGGCACAAUGUUACUAUAGAGCUCUCUGUUGGGCGGCAACGCCAGCUUCUGUAUCUUGGGUUCUAUUUCCAAUAGUUAUUACUACAUUGUCUUGAUGGGGUCAUUUUUUCUGUAAAUGUAAAUAAAUAAUUUAUAUCACGAAAUGUAA